UGCUGAGUGAGUACGAGUGAGUCGAAAAUGGGAAAAAUGAUAGUUCAUGCCUCAUUUUAGAAAUUUGGAUGAGUUUGGUACCUUUUCAUCGAUCCUGGCUUCAAUAUUCGUGUAGUUCUGUUGACCAUCCUGAUGCCUGGAGCAUCUAACCGUAGGUGAUAUGCAACGAAUGCCAGCGCCUAUCUCUGUACCAGAAUGGACCACGCGGGAGAAGCUCAUCCUCGCAUCUUCUGUUCAGAGAAGUGGAGAUCAGAAUUGGGUCUCUGUUUCUCGCACCAUUCGUCCCCUUGUCGAGGGAGAAGGCAGACCACCGGAAUUUUUCAACCAUAAGAAUUGUGCCAUUCAGUAUGAUCACAUGCUGGAGAACGUGGCCACGCCGAAGCGCAAGCGAGGCCAUGAUGCUGGUGGUGCUGACACGCCUGGGGAGCAAAUCUUGAGGCAGCUGACGCAUGACCGAACUGAAGAGCUGAAGAAAGCCAUCAUUUCUGAUCAUUCUGGACACAGAAAUCUGCGAAAUGAAGUUGCCAAACUACGGUCAGGAAAGAUGAAUGAUCAACUGGUGACGAUGUAUAUACAGAUGAAGGCGGAGAGGGCCCAAGCUCAACAACGCGCUGAGGAGGCAGCUCGUCGUGCUGAAGAGGAGCUUUCCAAGCAGUUGGUGUCACCAGCUGUGCGCCGAGUCCGUCCGUCUGCAACACCACGGACACCUCUGACACCCAGUAUUAUACCGGGGGCCAGCCCCAGCACAGACUCCAAGCUGCGUCUGGAUUCGUCGCCUCACCUGCAGGUAAAACCCGUGGUAGUCACGCCACACGUGGCUAAGCGGCCUGGCACCUCCACAGUCACUCCUGUCACCACGGUCACCUUCAAGCCAAGCCCAGCUCCUGCCACUGUGUCACAUGCCACCAACAGUCCCUUUAAACCACCCACCGCCCUAAACACUUCUACUACUACCAGUAGCACUGCUGCCGUUGCUGCUGCUGCAGCGACUACUGCUACUACGGCUGCUGCUAUGGCAACGAACAGUGGCAGUGCUUGCGCACCCACAAGUGCCACCCCACUCGCAACUGGUGCAGUUGUUGGCCAUACUGCAAGCGUCCCGCUUACUCCCCGGCGUAUGGUGUCGCGGAGGGGGACCGACGUUGACGAACCUAUGCUGAUUGAUGGUAGCGGGUCUGCACGUGGCUCUGUUGUCGGAAGCCCUGUUGCCUCACCUGCCGGCACACCCGCCACUGGUGACGUACCCUUCACUCCACCACAUGGUAUGACACGGGCAGCGGCAGCAGCAUCUGUUCGUGUUGUAUCUUCUCCAUCCGUCCUGCCAGCUGGCUCAAGGCGCAAGGAUCUGCAGUUUGUGGCACUGCGUGACGGUGCUGCGGAGACAGGCAGCCACCCGGCCACGCCAGAGCCAGGACGUUCAGCUCGUUCCUCGCCCGUUGGUGCUGAGUACUAUGCCGGCGAGUGGAGCCGGGCCGUCAGCCCGGUGCGUGGUGCGGCUUCGCGCGUUCCACAAUUAGUGCCCCUGGUCACUUCUACACUGCUUGCAAGUGGCCAGUUACCAGCUGCGGCGGCAGCAGAGGGAACUAGCACGGGUGGUACACCGGUUAAUGUUAGUCUUGCGUCUCUGGAGGAUCCCUAUGAACUCAUGCACAUCACUGUUGCACAGGCGCGCGAGCGUGGUGAGAGUGUAUGCCUUGUCACCGGCGGUCAUACUUAUGCAAAGAUGAUGCUUAGUGAGCCUCCCAAUCUCUUAUCCCAUCCUGCUGUGUCCUCGCCAGCGAGCAAAGCUGCAUCACCAAGGCCAGAGCCAAUGGACUUGUCUACACUUUCACCAAACCGUCAACCCUGCGCAGAAGCGCCAUCCCAGAAACCGCCAGUACAGUUCACUAGUUCGAAUGCAAUGUCCCAUCCGCUAUCUCUGCAGCAGCAGCAGCAACAGCAGCAGCAGCAACAACAUAAACCUACUGCCAUCAAAACUAGUACAACCACCAUGGUUGCUGCUACUGCUCCCAAAUUCCCUAGUCCAAGUAGCCCGCGGCCUUCAGCCCUGCCGGUUGCCACUACUGCUGCAACAAUAAUGGCACGCAAGCCGUCAAAUAGUCCAACUGUUGUUGCCGUUAGCUCGCCUAUUACAGCUCGGUCUCCUGUUUCGAUUGUAACGUCUCCUGCUUGCGCUGCCGCUGUUAGAUCCUCCUUUGCCAAAUCACCGGUGUCAACUGUACCUCGCUCUCCUAGUCUACUGACAGGAAAAACAUCACCCGUUGUUGUUACUGCUGGUACUGGCACUCCAAGUAGGUCCCCUGAGCUUCCAAGCAGGAGUCUGCCAAGUGCUGGACAGUUGCAAUCACCCAAAGCAUCAGCGGCCAAACCGCUAAGUUCAGUAUCGGCCGCACGUUCGCUUGCCCAAGCCUUCAACCCUCCCGCAACAUCGAUUCCGGUGAAGCUUCAAGCAACUGCUGCAGCAGCUACGAGUGCUCGGGCAACGACGCAAAUUGCCCCCGUUCCCCACAAGUUGAAAGACGGUGCCCUUAUGGGCACACCUAAAGCAGCUCCAUCAGUAGCAUCUGUUCCCAAAUCACCUCGUCUCCAAACAGUUCCAGUGCAACCAGCAUCUGUGGAAGCUCUCGCAAAACCGGCGGUGGUCAGUAGCCCUGAAGACCAAACUACUGCCAAACCUGCAGCACAUGCUGGAGCAGCUUCUAGUGCAGAGGCAUCAAUGGCUGGAGCAGCUUCUAAUGCAGAGGCAUCAAUGGCUGGAGCAGCUUCUAAUGCAGAGGCAUCAAUGGCUGGAGCAGCUUCUAACCCAGAGGUGCCAGUGGCUGGAGCGGCUUCUAAUCAAAAGGCAUCAGUGGCUGGAACAGCUUCUGAUCAAAAGACAUCAAUGGCUGGAGCGGCUUCUAAUCAAAAGGCAUCUGUGGCUGAUGCAGUUUCUAAUCCAGAUGCAUCAGAGACUGUGGCUCCAGUGUCUGUAGCUACUACAGCAGUGAGACCACCUUCACAGGGACGGGCACUGGUCGGUGCAGUUACUAAUACUAUUCCAACUUCUACUGCUGCUGCUGCUGCUGCUACUGCUGCUGGUGGUGCUUCUUCUACUACUACUGCUGCUACUGCUGCUGCUGCUGGUGGAGGUGCUACUACUACUGCUGCUGGUGGUGCUUCUUCUACUACUACUGCUGCUGCUACUGCUGCUGCUGCUGCUGCUGCUGCUGCUGGUGGAGGUGCUACUACUACUGCUGCUGGUGGUGCUUCUUCUACUACUACUGCUGCUGCUGCUGCUGCUGCUGCUGGUGGAGGUGCUACUACUACUGCUGCUGCUGCUGGUGCUUCUACUACAACUGCUGGUGGUGCUCUUGCUCUUGCUCUUGUUGCUGGUAGUGUGUCUAUGUCUACUGAUGUGCCAAAACCUGUCCGAGUAUCAGAUGCCUGUCCAGUAUCAGGCAAGCCUGAUGUCACAGCGCCAACAGUAGUAACAGCAACAAAGCCUGCCCUCCCGCAGCCACCAGUCAUUGCAGAUGUUCCCUCAACACUGCCAAUGCCAGCUUCAGUUGCAACAGCACCUCUUGUUGCUCCAGCUAAGCAGCCAGCAGCUGCACUUUCAACAGCACCCCCUGCUGCUCCAGCCAAGCUAGCAGCAGUUACACCUUCAGCCACGCCAGUAAACACUCCUCCACUGCCAGCCCCGGGAGCUACACCACCAGUUGUGUUUACGCCACCAGCAGUGGCCGUACAGGCAUCAUCAAUAGCGGUAGCCACAGGACCAGCAACAACAGUGACAGCAGCAGCAGUUAUUCCAGCAAGCGCUUCAUCCGCUCCAGUGCCAGCGGAAAGCAUGACGACACCUGUUGUGGGUGCGCGGUUGCCGACAUCGCCACAUCUGUCCCCACCACCACCUGCACACAAUUCCAAGAUUGAGCUUGUAGUUGCUGACCACAAGGAGUCCAAGGACCCUGAAGAAUCGAAGAGUGUGAAAUUGCCAGUUGCUGAUGUACAACAUACCCCACUAGCAACAGGGCUAGCAGCAACACCAGCACCAGAAGAAGAAGAACAACAACAACAACAACAACAACAACAGGAAGAAGAAGAAGCAGAAGAAAUGGCACAAGCACCGGCACCAGCCCCGGCACCAGCCCCAGCACCAGCGGCAAUAAUUGCUGAUGUGGUAUCACCGGGUUUGCCUGCCAGAUUACCGCUGGAGUCGGAGUCUUCAUCUGGAUCGGCAGGGCUGCCUGAUGAGCAAGCACCUGUAGAGCAACAACCUCCCUCAGUCGACACGGGCACACAGGCAGAGAAUGCAGAACAAGCUGCUCAAGAUGCAACAUUGCAAGCAGCCACACCUGUGCAAGUGAUGUCACCCAAAGUAUCCGUAUCUCCUGCUCUUUCUCCUAUUCGUGAAUCACAGGAGUCUGGGGAGGCUCCUGCAUCCAAGUUGGAUGAAUCGCUGCCUGUGGACCCUGACUCAACCUCACUUGAAGAAGCCAGUCCUGCUCUAUCACCUAGCGCAACACCUGUCGCUGUGGUCGACUCUGCUGAUGUCUCUGCUGCCGGAGCUGCGGUGGACCCGGGCAUGAUCACCACUGCUACUACUUCUACUGCUAGUUCUAUUGGCGAUGUAACUUCUGCUGCAGCUGCUUCAGCUGCAAGUCCUCUGCCAGUUGUGAAGGUGGCCAAAGACCGAGAGGAGGUAGCGAGUAUGAUGUCAUCAGUCAGCAGCCCGGAGCCAGCAGCGGCAGCAGGAUCACGCGAUGAGGCCGGCACUCGCCGACGGGGUCGACGUUCCACUCGUACGGCGACAGUGCGCAGCCGCAGUCACAGCCUUCGUGAAUCACGACACUCUUCAGAUGAGGAAGAAGAACCUGCAAUGUCCCAGCAAGACGAUGUGGAGUCCGUGGCUGCUAGUGAAGACGACUUCAUACUGUCGGUAAACAGCAGUGCUCCUGCUACUCCAUCAACUGGUCAUGGCGGCGACAGUGAAUCAGCACGACGUGCUUGGCGCAAGUCUAUCAUGUUGGUCUGGAAGGAAGCUGCUUCGCACAGAUUUGCCAAUCUGUUUCUCCACUCUGUGACGGAAAACGAGGCACCAGGCUAUGCCGGCGUUGUUCACAGGCCUAUGGACUUGCAAACAGUCAAGAAGAAUAUAGAGAAUCAUACUAUUCGAACGACAGCUGACUUUCAGCGUGACAUGCUACUUAUGUUCCAGAAUGCGCUCGUGUAUAACCGGCAAGAUCAUGACGUGUUUCAGAUGGCUCGGGAGAUGCGUUCUGACUUUUUGAACAUCUUCCAGGCAUUCCUUUCAACACAGCUAAUGAUGGAAGGUCCUCCUGAAUCGAAGGGUCCGCGCGUCCUUCGAGACACCCGACGCACUGGACUCCAUGCACCAGCUACCGAUAUUGGUUCGGAUGAUGAUGUUGGGGGUGGCCGCCACAGUCGCCGCUUUUCAGGUGAUGCUGACGCACCUCCAGCGAAAAAGAAGCGUCUUGUCUAGUUCCUCCAAGUGGCACUUUGUUUCAAUUGUGCUCUUUAGUUUGAAGUCGUAGCUGCUCAGUCUUGCCGAAGAUUUCGGAGUGCUGUUUUCAUCUCCAGGAAGUGUGUUGCCAAUGUGUGGCCAUAUCCUUAGCUUUGCAAUAUAUUCGAGCGAGAAUGUCUAGCUAUGUUUUGGCUAAGGAAGUGUAGGACCGUGCACGCGCAUGUAUGUUUAUGUGUUUGUAUGAUUGUGUGUGCGUGUGUAUGUGUGGGUGCACGCACCCAAGCACACACUAGUGGAGUGUUGUUGUCAGAGCUGUUUUUUCUUUUCGUUUCUAUGCUAGGAGUAUUGUCCUUCUUGCUUGACUGCUGCAGUGCUGGCUGCUUUUUGCUGAUUAUCCUGCUGUGUACUUCCUACCAUGCAUCCAUUUGUCUCCCCCAAACCUGCUGUGGAUAUGGUGACGCAUUCAUAGAUAGUCCUUGCUCAUGUGUUGCUGCCGCUGCCUACGAAUUAGAUUUAAGUAUAGAUUUUGUUAAAUGUUUGUGCCAUCUGUGUAUCUGUUUACACGUAGAUGUGUGACAUUUGUCUUUGUCAGGCUGGGCCGUCCUUUGUUGUGUGUUAAAAAACUUAAAAUAAUUCUGAAAAGAAAGAAAAAUGAUCCACGCAGGUGACGAUUUA